GGUUGAGGUUUACCCAUGUUGACAAUUACAUGCCUCUCUAAAUAUUUUCAAGUGGGAAAACUUGCACAAUUAGUGGUUGACUAAAUACUUAUUUGCCCCACUGUAUGUUUCUGAACGCCUGCAUGAAGCUUAACACCACCAAGUAUAAACCAGACUACAAAGCCAUCAGCAAAACCAUGCAGCACCAGAAGUCGCAUUAAUGGUAAGAAAUACUCAUCAUUGAUUAGCAACAGUAUAACAAUCUUAUUAAAAAGAAUUCAGAGAAUUAUUGUACUUUAAAAUGCACACAUUACUUGUAUUUUUAGUUGUAAACAUAUUGUAUGGCUCUCACUGAAUUACAAUUAAAAAUAGGUGUUCAUGGCUCUCUCAGCCUAAAAGGUUCCCGACCCCUGCUUUAAGGGGUGGCUUGGGGGGGUCCUAUCCCUGCGCUCUCUUCUCCCUCUCCUGUCUCCACUCCCAAUUUCCACCCCCCCGGGGUACAUUAGAGGAUGACACCCUCCAUGAGGAGCUGUCAAUCACUGCAAUCCUGAACUAAAGAAGAGAAAGAAAGCUCUUCAGAGGAAGUUGCUGUUUGGCUGCCACCAAGAGACGGAAGGACACAAACAUGGCAUCCCAGAUCCCAGCGCUCCCCCAAUCCUAUUCUCCAAGCAAUGAUAGUGUCUUUUCUGACCAGUCUGGCUUCUACUCUCUGGAUUCAAAUGUCCCGGGUCUCUCUAAGGUGAUCUUAGACAAGCUCAACUUGAACAACUUUGAACAGUACAGGGCUGCCCUGGAGGGGAAAACCAAAGGAGUCGCCUUUCGUAACUACAAGGAGAUGUUCCAGAAGAUGGAGGAGACCUUCAAAUUCUGCACUGGCUGCAACAAACUUCCAGAACAUGUUGGCGAUGGGGGCACACUGAAGCGCUGUGUCAAAUGUCUAAAUGUGUACUACUGCUCCAAGGACUGUCAAGUAAAGAACUGGCCUCAGCAUAAAAAGUUCUGCAAGAUGUUGCGUCUGGUGGCCAUUGACAGACUGGUAGAGUGGCUGAUGUUCACUGGAGACCUUCCACUCCCUGCUGAGAAGUGGUCCAAUCCUGCUGCUGAACUGAAGACAUGGGAGGACUGGCUCGGCCUGCACGAGGACAACCUUAACCCUCGUCUGGCCACCAUCCUGACCUGCUCAAACAUGCAGGCCCUGUGGAAGAACGCCAGCAGGCCUAGGCCGGACGACAGUGACCUGCGUCAGUCCGUGUGGCGCAUUCAGAGCGAGUUCCUCUCCCGUGUCCUGACAGUGGGCUUGGCUGUGCGGCGCUAUCAACUGGACCCGCAUGCUAAACCGCUCACAAUCCACAUUGCGGGGGCGUCCCAUAAUGAGACAAUGGGGGCCAGGCUGACUGACUAUGAUGAGCUCAACAACAUGUUCCCAGGACAUCAGGGUAUUGAAGUGGUCAUGGUGGGACCGGAGGUGGUGGCGGGUCCCAUCAUGAGGCCCCCUCUCAGAGCCUUUGGGCCCAGGAAGAGGGUCUAUAUCAGUGCCUAUAAGGGCCUCUACCAUCAAUUCUGGGAGGAGGUGGUCGAGAAGGAGGAGGCAGCCAAACCUGACCUGGUGGUCGGAUUCCAUCCUGGUUUCCAUGCCAACCAAGGUCUAGUGGAGGGUUGGCUCCCCACUCUUCUGCUGCUCCGAGACUACAACAUCCCCACCUACUUCACAGUGUACAGCGACAUGGAGCUCAAGUACUCUCUGCAGAUCCUCUUAGAGUUGGAAAUGGACAUCAAGGAGAGCGGGGCCAAUCCGUUCACGUCGCAGAAGCCAGAGCAGGUGCAGGCCUGCCCCAACAAACCACCGGUGUACUGUAACUCUCACUACAUCGCCUUUCAGGGACUGAACCCACGGCAAGAGUUUGAGGAGAUCAACUAAAGGAUAAUUUACAAAGGAUGGACAAAGUACUUUAUCUGCAUGCAUUUUCAUUACUGAAAAUUUGGUGACUGCCCAAACAUGAAGUGGGAUUUCAAACAUCCAAGUUAAUUUGAUAUAACUUGCAAGAGGAAGUGCAGUCAUAGAGUAGAUGCUUAAAAUAUGGUACACAGUUUCUCUCUCGUGGUAUUUUGUGUGAAUCAGUCAAAUUGUCUGUUUUACAUAUUUAUGUCUUUUUCUAUUUUAUAAAUUGAGUUCAGUACAUUGGUUAAGCAUUUUUCAAUUGUAUGUUGCUUUUUACUACAAUGGCUUUGCAUUUGAUCUUUUAGAGGAUUUUUCAAAGUUAAUGUAUUGGUUAACUUUUAUAUGCUAUGUUAGUCUAAAUAUUAUUUAACCCUUUUUUUUGUUUGUAUGUUUUCCUUUAUGUUAAGCACAAUGUUGUUGUUG